GCAUUAGUUUUAGGAACUUAAAUAAGUUUCAACUUGCAAAAAUUUCAUUUGCAAUCAAUGUAAUUAGGUUAUUAAAGAGCAAGGAUAGUUUAAAAGUCGCAUUUUAUCACGGCACUUCAAGAAUUUUAAAUGUGAUCAGUGCAAUUUUGCAACCAACAAUAACAACUUAAAAGCGGCAUAUUCACAAUCAUAUUCAUUCACCAAUAUUCUCCAUUUUUAAAUUACAUCGGCGCCUCUGGUGUUAAUCUGAAUCACGAAUUGCAUUAGCAUCCGCUAGACAAAACAUGUGAUUGUUUGAAACGUCUUGAACGCGACCAUUUUUUCCCAUCUUUAACCACGUCAUGCUAAUAAAAUUUUGAGGUUAGACAAUUAUGAUAAUUUUAAAGUUUUUCUAAUAUUUAUUAAUUAAAAAAAUGCUUUCAACAAGAUUUUUUAAAUACUUUGUCUUUGCCUAUUUAUUUAACUUAUCGUCCUGCUUAUACGAAGACCAAAUUGGUAAAUUCGACUGGAAAUUAAAUUACGUAGGAAAUGUGAAAUAUGGAAUUAUUGAUUCCACAAAACGCGUUAUCGUUGGUACAGAAGAAAACGUCGUGGCCUCUCUGAGUUUGAAAAACGGCCAAAUCCUCUGGAGGCAAGUAUUAGAAAAUCCCAGCGUUAAUCAAAUCGAACUGCUGCAUGUCGAUAAAGAAGUCACUAGUGUAUCUGGCGGCAAAGGUACAUGGUACGUACGUGGAUGGGAUUCGUCUUCGGGAUCAUUACUGUGGGAGUGGUCCUUUUAUGUCGAAAACAAACAGCAUCCCUACUGGGUACUGAGUAAAGAUCAAUUAAUUCAUAUAAUACCUGUGCUAGGAUCUCAUCUUGAAGUCACAUCCUACGAUGUUCGUAGUGGGCGAAAUAACGGUAAAACUACCAAAAUUAGUACCCCUUGGGUUUCUGACUUGUCGAAGUGCAAAACUGUCGGCGUUUAUUGGGCGUGUAUUAGCGGUGACGAUAGUAGUGGACAGUUAUACUAUAUUGAUCUCUCAUCUGCCACUAACCAAGUUUAUAAGGUAGCUAUUCACUCCUUGAUCGGUAACCCUCCGGGUCAUGUGAGGUUGCAGUCGCUGGAAAAUGGCGAGGAAAAUUUAUUUUUAGUAAGAAACAAUGUCGCUCGCUUGGUAAAGUUGCAGCCGGAGAUGCCUCACGUGUAUCCAUAUUCGUUGUCGGACAAAGCUGUCACCGUUUUCAACGGCGAUCAACCACUACUUUUGCAAACAAUUCAGAAUUCACCGAGCAAAUUACAACUGCAGACGAUCGAGCUACAGGAUGGUAAAGAGAACGUUUUCGAAAUGGACUACAACAACGAGGCAGGAAUUGCCAACAUUAUCAGUGCGGUUUGCAAGGGGUCGGCGUGCCGUGUGUUUGUCAAAUCAAACGAUGAUUCGGUGUCGCUACUGCAAUUACCAGGAGGGAAAGUAUCAUGGACGAGAGAGGAGGGGUUAAGUCGAGUGAUUGCAGUCGAAUUCUUCGAACUACCACUUUCAGAAUUGGACGCCUCAAUUGAGCAUGAAUUUGAUUCAAUAUCGGGAGACAUGCUGAGUACAUUUUAUAAUCGAAUAGCAAGUCAACUUCGGCAGUUGCUCGUGCUGCUAUCGGGACAGCAGGGUAAUUCGAAUGUGGGGAUGGUGCGUGAUGAGUUUGGUCUCCAUAAAAUAAUAGUCGUGGUGACUGCGAGCGGGAGGUUUUACGGUUUGGAUAGUCUCACCGGAAACAUCGUCUGGUCGCAAUAUCUUAAAGGUGUGGAGGCUUAUUCGGUUUUGGGAAAAUUGAGUAUUCCUCUGUUCGCGCAACGGUCGGCGAGGUAUUCUCCCUUAAUGGCCCAGUGUGCUGCGUUAAUGAAGGAUAAAUCAACAGGUAAAGGAGUGAUGUACACAUUUGAUCCUAUCACAGGCCAAAGUAUUGGCACCGUGGAACGGUUACCAUAUCAAAUUGAACAGGCGAUGUUGCUGCCAUACGAGGACGACAAGCACUUAAAGGGACUUUUAAUUUUAUCAGACAAGUACGAGGUAAUCGUCUAUCCGUCUACAACAAAACCGAUCAUGUUGAAACACGCCAAUUCUGUGUUUUUGUUUACGGUCAACUCUAACUCGAAGAUACUGCAAGGUUACAAUUUGGUGCACAGCACGGACAACGCUCUAAAGGCAACGCCCACUUGGACCUUAAAUUUGGGACAGGCGGACGUAAUAUCCGUUAAUGUACGACCGUCAUCGGAGCGUGUGCAUUCUCAAGGUCGUGUAUUGGCCGACCGAUCGGUUCUGUACAAGUAUGUCAACCCCAACUUGCUCGCCAUCGCCACCCUCAUGGAGGAUCCGAUUCACAAGCAAGUUUUAAGCAUAUACCUCGUAGAUGGCGUGACCGGCUUAAUCGUUUACUCCGCCGCUCAUAAACGCGUUGCCAAACCUAUACAUUUGGUACAUUCCGAAAAUUGGCUAGUGUAUUCGUACUACAAUGCAAGAUUCCGACGCGUGGAGUUUGCGGCAGUCGAACUAUACGAGGGGCCCACUCAAAGUAACAGCACUUCCUUCAGUUCGCAUUCGGUCAGCCAGCUGCCGCAUCCCGAGAACCAAGCGUACAUUUUCCCCGGUACUCCGCUAGCGAUGCACGCGACAAUGACAGAGAGAGGCAUUACUAAUAAACACAUCCUUGUGGCGCUCUCGAAUGGCGCCGUGAUUGAAGUGCCGUGGGCGUUUUUAGAACCUCGCGGUCCUCACGGCACCAUGAAUAUGGAGGAGGGAUACAUCCCAUACAUUCCAGAACUGCCGAUUCCGCCUGAGGCAACAAUUAAUUAUAAUCAGUCUAUACCUCACGUUCGAGGCAUUCAGGUGGCACCCGCUCGACUUGAAAGUACCUGUCUAGUUUUGGUUUACGGGUUGGACUUGUUUUAUACUCGUGUAACACCUUCAAAGACAUUCGAUUUACUUAAGGAGGAUUUCGAUCAUUGGUUAAUUGCCAUUGUAUUAAUAGGACUUACUGGCGCUUCAUAUGUAACUAAACGACUUGCCUCAAGAAAGGCACUGAAACAGGCAUGGAAGUGAUCUGUGUACAACGACUUAAAUUAUGAAAUUGUGCGUGUGUGUAUUGUAUGAGUAUUUUAUGUGGAGAAAGUACAAGUUUAGAUUCCUAAUUUGUUGUUUAGUUGUAGUAAAGUCACUUAAGAUUUAAAUUGUUGUUUUGCUAUAGUCAUCCUGUUAUAAAUGGAUUGUUAAAAUGUACAUAGCUUUAAGGCUAAUUUUUGUAGAAAACCAAGGUAGCAUUACCUUGUUGCAAUAUAUUCAUCAACAUCAUGUUCACAUCAUUUUCUACCCUCCGUUUGCUCAUUAGUAUUAAAGAUCUCUGUUUGCAAUAUCACUAUAAUUAUUGAACAUAGGCACUUCACAUGAUGUUGAUUUUCACAGUAUUAGCUUAUUUAAAAGCUUAUUAUAUUUUAUAAUGAAAUGCAUGGAAAUUAUACCUUUGUUACCAUAUGUUCACACUGAUUAUUAUUUACAAGAACAAUGUGAUUUGUAGCCAAAAUUGUUACGAUAUAUAUAUUUAGAGAAAAAGACCUCUUUAAAAUUA